ACAAUAAUGCGUUGGAGUUGACGCCUGUAACUUCAACUUUCAGAAUAAUGAACAGCGAUACUAUUUUGACCGAUGCGGCGAAUUGUUCAGAAGCUUCGGCUUGUAUAAAACGAAAAAAUACAACUGCGAUUUUCAUUCGUGCAACAGUCACUAUAAGAAUUUUUGCAAUUGUCAAAGUGAGGGAAAUACUGUAAGUCAACAUGUGGAAUUCGUAUUUUAUAAUUUGCCUGGUCCUGUUGUAUCUGACAAUCUGUGUGACGGGUUCACCUGUUCCUGAGCCAAGUCCUGCAGGGAAACUGGAUAGUAUUAUGAAGGCGGGUAGAAACGCUAUGGUCCUUUAACCAAUUGUCUUUUAUUUUAUCUCUCAACACCUUGAAGAUGCUCUUCAUGUGGCGAAUAUCGAACAUUAAUAAGCACUUUGUACUAACAAAAUAAAAAUCUCUAAACUGGUUUUAUUAUAAAAAGUACAAUAGUAAAAUUUCAUUUCGAUACCAAUUGACAACGUUCUCACCCCCUGAUGGCAACUGUGAUGUACAACGAUGAAAAAGAUUAAUAAACUAAAUCAUGAAAUAAAAAUUUGAUAAUUCCCGAAAUAAAUAGCACACCACGAUUUUUUUCAAUAAAAAAUAUAAAAUCUGUUAUUAAUUUCACAGCGAUUUUUUUACUGCGCAAUAUUGUCAUUGCGCCCCGGGUUUACGUAACAGAUACGUAAUUUUCAUUGAAUAUUUCUCUUCGUCAUGGGCUCAGGUACAUUAUAAUACUGAAGUGAGAUCUUGUGCCUUACAUCGCACUCAGGGAAAACUGCACCUGUCUACCAAUUCUCUGCUUCAAUUUUCCAAAUUGCUGUUGAGUUGUAAGAAAAUUGCUGCGAAUACUGGAAAUACACCUCCGGUAAAGAUUUGUGAAUAAUUCAGCCCGAGAAAACUCCUCAACUUAUUUCUUUCGAUUGUGAGGAACUUUGAGUCUUCAGUAUUGUACUAUCCGCUUGCAUAAAUAUAAGUGAUGGGAAAUUCUCUGGGGAAUCAUCGAGAUCCGCUCGGGGCUUCACUCUUUACCUUGCGAUUUUUCGGCCUUUGGAGCUCUUUCGAUGACUCCCACACUAUCAAAAAAAUCGUCUAUUCCAUCUACAGCAUGAUGAUGACCUCACUGAUCUGGAUUUUUAUUGGAACAAUGUUGGGGGAUUUAAUGUGCAAUCUUCAAGAUUUACUGAUAAUCACAGAUGACGGUUGCUUCCUGGCAGGAAUAUCCGUCAUCGUCUUCAAGCACAUGAUAUUCUGCACUCGUCGUCGACAAAUUAUAAAACUCAUUGACGAUAUUUACUCUCCGGUCGACCAUCUCGCAAAAUCAUCAGUACCUAAAAUUUCAGAUGAAGGAGUUCAAAUGCUCGUCAAUGUCUCCACACUCUACGAUCAACUCCACUGCUACAGCUUCAUCGGCAUCGGCUGUACCCUGGUGCUAGCCCUGAUAACGAUAGUGCCAACAGACAAUGGAAGUCUCCCAAUAAGAGCCAAAUAUCCAUUCGAUUCGACCAUCGAUCCACUACACACUAUUGCCUUUGCCAUUCAAGCAGGUGCUGUGGCAACAGGUGUAGCUGGAAUCCUCGGUAUGGAUGGAGUUGUAACAAGCAUUUGUCGAUACAUCACACUGCAAUUAGAAAUCUUGGAUUCGAACUAUCGCCAUUGCCAAACGAAAUGGCCUCGUGGUGGCUUUCACUCAUCCGUGAAAAAACGAAAGAAUCUUGUUUCUGAAAUUCGUUGUUUUAUUCCUUUCAGUCCGAGGGAAGUGCACGAAGCAAAUGAUUCUUUUGAGAAACGCUUUAAAAUUUGCAUAAGACAUCAUCAGAGAAUCAUCAAUAUCGUGAACAAUGUCAAUGUUAUAUUUGGAUCCAGCAUGUUCUGUCAAUUAUUUGCGAGCUCUUCGAUGAUAUGUUUCACAGGAUUUCAAGCCGCUUUGGGCGCCAGAGGGAGUGCAAAUUUAAUUAAGUUCGCCAUGUAUUGCGGGACAGCAUUUUCUCAACUACUCUCAUGGUGCCUGAUAGGGAAUAUGUUACUGCACCAGAGUCUCACACUGUCUGAUAGCCAGUGGCAAUCUGGCUGGGAAGAUGAACAAUACUUCAGAUUUGCAUAUUUACUGAUUUUUUCGAUGGUUCGUGGACAUACAUGUCUGGAGUUAAAAGCUAUCAAUUUCUAUUCAGUAUCAAUGGACACAUUCAUAGUGAUUCUGCGAGCGUCGUAUUCAUUUUUCACUCUUUUGGUGACCGUCGCAUAACUAUAAAGGUCAUUGAACACGUGAGAAGGGAAAUUAAUGGAUAAUCUUUAUUAUAAAACUCUGAAUCAACUGCUGAUGAUGGUACUGUAGUCGUUCUAAUUGAACUUUUUUAUUUUCCGAGUUAGAUCGACCCAUCAUAGAUUUAAAUGUCCGAAAAUGCAUGCAAUUUGUUUAAAAGUGUUUCUGCCUGUGUGUAUGUAAAAAAUAUGAGGGGCUCGAGAA